UCUGGACAUCUCCCGGCUCCCUCAGAAUCAAGCGGGAGGGACAGUGAUCUACAGGACCACGAGGACGAGACUCAGGAGAACGUCCUAAAUGAAGAGACGCAGAACAUGGAGAAAGAUGAAGACAAACGAGAGCCGAUCAAAGAGCUCAAGCUCUAUAAGAUAGCGAGUGAGCUCCUGCAGACCGAGAGGGCGUACGUGACCCGGCUGCAUCUGCUGGACCAGGUGUUCUGCGCUAGACUCACAGAGGAGACUGGGAAGGGGACGUUUCCUGUGGAGGUGGUGAAGGCCAUCUUCUCCAAUGUGGGAUCCAUUCACACCUUCCACAGCCAGUUCCUCCUGCCGGAUCUGGAGAAGCGCAUGAGCCAGUGGGACUCCACGCCUCGCAUCGGGGACAUCUUAGCACAGCUCGCACCCUUUCUCAGGAUGUAUGCAGAGUACGUGAAAAACUUCGACAGCGCCAUGGACCUGCUCAAACAGUGGAUGGAGCGAUCGGCACAGUUUAAUGCCAUCAUUCAGGACAUACAGAGUCAGGAGGCGUGUGGGAACCUGACUCUGCAGCAUCACAUGCUGGAACCGGUGCAGCGGGUUCCUCGCUACGAGAUGCUGCUCAAAGACUAUCUGAAGAAACUCCCGGAGGACGACCCCGACCGCAGCCAGGCCGAGAAGUCUCUGAACAUCAUCUCAAUGGCUGCCAUACACUCCAACACGGCCAUCCGCAAGAUGGAGAAUCUUAAGAAGCUCAUGGAGAUCUAUGAGAUGCUGGGAGGUGAGGAGGACAUCGUUAACCCGUCCAACGAGCUCAUUAAAGAAGGACAAAUCCUAAAGCUGGCCGCAAGGAACACCUCGUCCAUGGAGAGAUACCUUUUCCUGUUUAACAACAUGUUGCUGUACUGCGUGCCCAAGUUCAGUCUGGUGGGCCAGCGGUUCACUGUGCGCACGCGGGUGGGCAUCAAGGGCAUGAAGGUGCUCGAGACCUCCAAUGACGACUAUCCUCACACGUUCCAGGUGUCGGGUAAAGAGCGAACGCUGGAGCUGCAGGCCAGCUCGGAGCAAGACAAAGAGGACUGGAUCAAGGCAUUCCAGAAGACCAUUGAAAUCUUUCAGCAGAAGAAUGAAACGUUCAAAUCAGCCUCUAAAGAAGUGGUGGAUGAGGUUUCUAAAGAGGAGCUGGGGAAGAGAGCACCGCGCUGGAUUCGGGACAAUGAGGUGACCAUGUGCAUGAAAUGCAAGGAGCCUUUCAACCCUCUGACCCGCAGGAGACACCAUUGCAGGGCAUGUGGAUACGUUGUGUGUUAUAAAUGUUCGGACUACAAGGCAUCGCUCAGGUACGACGGCAACAAAUUAAACAAGGUGUGUAAGGACUGUUACUUCAUUCUGACCGGAAGACUGGAUACCGAGGAACCAGUAAGCGGGAAGAAAAGAGGAAUUCUUGAGAUCGAAGCAGCUCAGGUCUCAGGAAACAGUUUCCUGUGUGGCUUCCUGCAGUACAGUACAGACCGAACUAAACCGUGUCAGAGGCUCUGGUGUGUUGUUCCACAGCAUGAUGCACUGGUUCUUUACCUGUAUGGAGCUCCACAGGAUGUCAAAGCCCAGUGUACCAUCCCGCUCCUGGGGUACCAGGUUGAAGAUGUCCAAAGGUCUGUGGAUCAUCCUCCCACCAGCUUCCGUCUACGCCAAUCCAAAUCUGUCCACUACUUCACUGCAGACACGGAGGAAGUGAAACUGCGCUGGCUGGGAGUGAUAUCCAAAGCCGUGAUCGGGGAAAUGCCAGAAUGCCAGACGCCAGACGAUGGUGACUUUGCCAACGUUUGCCAUGAAGGCAUGCCUGAUGGUACCUGA